AUCGGAAGUUACGUGUUUCGAUGAUGUUAAAUGCCGCCGAAAACGUGGCAGCAAACGGAGCGCUGUUGGCAUUUUUUAAUAAAACCUCCAGAUCAGUCAUCAAGUCAACUAUUAAUAUAAUAUAUUUUCCGUAUGCAAAGUUUAUCAACGUUGAGCAGAAUGAAGUUUCAAAUUUUUUAUUUGGCUAUUGCCAUUUUAUCGGUAACAAUUUGUGCUGAAGAAGAACAACAACAACCAGAAGUCGCACGAUUAUUAGUAUCAAAAUAUAUUUUCAACAAAUAUCUUGUAGAAAACAUGGAUAUUAUUGUUAAGUAUACUGUAUAUAAUGUUGGUAGUGUAGCUGCAUUAGAAGUUGAAAUAACAGAUAAUUCAUUCCAUCCUGAUCACUUUAAUCACGUUAGUGGUGAAUUAAAUGCACGGAUUGAUCGUGUACCACCGGGUAGCAACGUAUCUCAUACUGUAGUUGUGAGGCCCAGAAAAUUCGGAUAUUUUAACUUUACAUCUGCUGAAGUUUUAUACAGACGUACCGAAGAUGCUUCAAGACUUCAAGUUGCAGUAAGCAGUGCCCCAGGUGAAGGCCUUAUUGUAUCUUACAGAGAUUAUGCAAAAAAAUUCUCAUCUCAUGUUAUUGAUUGGAUUGCAUUUGCCGUCAUGACAUUACCUUCUUUAGCUAUUCCGUUUGCUCUCUGGUACUCAAGUAAAAGGAAGUAUGAAAAACUUUCAAAAAAUACUAAAAAGCAUUAAAAUUCAUUCAUUGUAUAAAACUCAUACAGUUAAAGAUCAAGUUCGUUAUUAUCUGGCACUUUUUAACUGGCGUGCUUGUGAUAUGCGUGAAUGUACUCAGCUCAAUUUAAUUUUUUUUUUU